AUGGCAAUUCUAUCUGAGCAUGUUCAUACAUCAUUGCCCCAAAUCCCACAAUCUUGCAGCAAAUCUUCAAAUUGGAUUGCUAUGGAAGAAAGUGAGUUUCUUGAAUGCUGUGGAAGCAUCAAAUUCGCUAAGGAAAUGGCUUCUGCCUCUCCUUUCUCCUCGUUGCAACACGCACUCGAUGUUGCCUCUAAGGUUUGGUUUAAUAAGAUCAAUAUCCAUUCCUGGUUGGUGGCUCUCAAUGCUCACACGAAUAUCUCUGAAAAAGCACCCUUCUAUCGAGAAUCCUACGAUAGUGCUUCAUCCACUAGUAUGGAUUCUACUCUUAAGGAGAUAUAUGCAUUGAGCAUGCAGUAUCUGGUAAGGUUCGGUUUUCCAUACUUUAAGAAAGAUUCUGAUUGGGAUACUGAUGUUAUACUAAUGGAUUUGAAGAUGAGUGUUAAAAACAAGCCGGCAUGUGAGUUCCAUUGGGCAUGUCGAAAGCAAUUCAAUAUCAUAGAACGACAUAUUGCAAAGUUUUUUCAAAAGAGAGGAUAUGUUCGCUCUACAACUGAAUCGCCAAUAAUCCAAACUGCUGUAAAAGACUUUGAUCUGAACAAAAAGCCGUAUCCUAUAGAUGAUUUGGAUCCUAUUGCGCGUGACAAAGCUAGACAAUUUUGUGAAAUAUGGUAUCCAGGAGAAUACUAUGUUUGA